CCCACGCUUCUCUUUACACGGGGAGAGCGCGAUAGCGAGAUCUUUCUUGAGCGCAAGCAAGGUCGCGCCUUUUCGAUCGAGGACCGCCGAUUCCCGACCUCUCGACCUCCGAGUCCGUGUGAUUCUUAAAGGGAGGUGUCCUUCUCGCUCGAAUCGCUGGGGUCCGACGCGCGAUGAGGAAGAGGGAGAGGGAGAACCCCUGCGAUGUCUGUGGCCACUACCACAAGUACGAGGAGGGUGAGGUCUGCGGAGUCUGCGGCCACCGCGUCCCCGCCGCCUUCGAGCGGCCGAUCCAGCCGGCCAGCGCCUUCCCCUCUGAGAUCCUCACGGAUUUCCUCUACCUCGGCAGCUACGACAACGCCUCCCGGGGGGAGAUCCUCAAGACCCUCCGCAUCACACACAUCCUCAACACUGUACCUGCUUGCCAAAAUCUGUACAAGAAUUCCUUUACUUAUCACUGCCUCCAAGAUGACAAAGUUCUACAAUUUGAUGAUGCAAUCCAGUUUUUAGAGCAAUGCGACAAGGAGAAGGCACGUGUUCUUGUCCACUGUAUGUUGGGCAAAAAUAGGUCACCAGCAAUCGUAAUGGCCUAUUUGAUGAAAUGCAAAGGAUGGCGAUUUGCACAAAGUUUUCAAUGGGUUAGAGAUCGUCGACCAAUGGUGGAGUUAUCCCCAGCUGUCCAGCAGCAGUUGCUGGAUUAUGAACAAAAGAUUUUUGGAUCUGGUGAAACGACAGCCAUGCAACCAGUACUUCCGCCGGAAUCACUUCCAUCGUUUGGGUUUGGAUUGCCAGUCAAUACAUCUCCAGCCCCUGUGUUCAAUCAACCAACUACGGCAUCCGUCUUCGAUCGGUCGGUUCCGAGCACGGGAAGUGAGUUUGUAUUUGGUGCAGGCAGAAACAUAGAGCAAAGAGUGAUGGAAAACAAUGCUUUUGUGGUUGUGCCUCCUACUGGGGGUGAAGCCCCCAUGGACAGUUCAUGAAGAACUGCUCGGGUGAAAGCAGCUGGACCGGAGAUCCUCUUUGUACCCAAAAGAUGGGUGAUGUGAAUAGAUUGUCAUUCAGGUUUGGAAUCACAAAGUGCUCUGGGAGAAAUGAGCCUAUGUUGAAACUACUUUUUUGUUUUCUUCUUUUACUUUUUGUUUUUUUUUU